AUGGACAUAACUCCACCUCCAAAGCGUCGCGGUAAAACAUCGCGUGCGCAAUCACCCAUUUUCAAUGAUGAUAAAUCGUCGAUUGAAGAUGAAGAUAGUGACGGUAACGAUCACAAAGCUUUGAAAUCAUCAAAGAUUACAAAGCCGAGAAGAAAUUCAGAUGAAUUCCCCGAGAAUCCAAUCUCCAGCAAGCCCAAACGUAAGUCAUCUCAAAGAUUUGCAGAUGUCAAAGGAAAGGGUAAGAUGGUGAAUGAGGAUUCAAAUGAUAGCGAUGAAGUUGUUUUUGAAUCUGCUACACACAGCGUCAAUUCAAUGAUAUCUUCUCCUGCAGCCCCAUAUUCAACAAAAAACAAGCGCAAACCUCCCACAUAUAAAGGGAAAGAAAAAGCUUCUCUCUCCGAUGAAUACAUGCCUGAUUUUGACCGGCCAGCAGAUGCCGAGUCAAUUCCAGACUCGUCAAAUUGGACGGAUGACCAUCAAAUAUUGGUGGAUGAGUAUCCAGAUGAUAGCGAUGAGUUGGUUGAAUCUGAAACACACAGUGUCAAUUCAAUGAUCUCCUCUCCUACAGCCCCACCUUCAACGAAGAACAAGCGCAAACCUCCUACAUACAAGGGGAAAGAAAAAGCUUCUCUCUCUGAUGAAAAUAUGCCAGAUUUCGACCGGCUAGCAGAUGCCGAGUCAAUUUCGGAAUCGCCAGAAUGGACGGAUGACGAUCAAAUACUGUUGGAGGGCACAUCCCCUUCAGAACUAGCACUUUGGUGGAGAUGCAAAGAGAUGUUUGAUUGCGCACCUCAUGAUCUGUUUCCAAGAGGUCUCAGAGCAGCCAAUGGCCAUGUGGACGGCUUUUACUACAAAGCGGAAGAUCGGUAUAUCGAAAAUGAUACAUACUUGGGCAAUCAAUUCUGCCAAACGUUGUCGGAGCUUAUUUGUCUCCCAUACUUCCGAGAAGACAAAGAGUUCUUGAAGUAUGCCUUGUCCAACGUCAUUCGAGCAAGGUGUGGUGAUGAAGUUCCACCUAACUUGCUGUUUGGAUACGACUGUGGGGCGAUGUGGGAAGAGAAAGCCGAAACUUUUAUGAAGAAAUUGGAAGAAAAGGAAAUAUAUUUCACCAAGGAUCAAAGGGAAGUUGUUGAACUAGAACUUUCUCAUAGUUUUAACACUGGAAAGCUCCCUAAAUACAGCGAGUUCAUCGAUUUGGACCGUCUUGAGAAAAUUGUAAAGAGUUCUAGGGCUGUGAAAAAGACUCAUGAUUCAAACAAUUUGAUGAAUGUCGAUCUUCAGAAUAUCAUCAAAGCCUGGGACGAAUACAACGAAGAAGGAGGGUUUAACCUUAUGUCCGUGAGACAAUGUCGAGACCUGUAUGAUAAAAAGCAUGGUCACGCCAAACGUGGAGUCAAAGAUAAGAUUCUGUGUUGGAAGAAAGCCUGA